AUGUUGUUCGGGGAGGCGAUCGUGUGGAGCGGCAAGGAUGGCAGUGACUCGAAUGUGGUGGCGGCCAUCGACCUCAGUAGCCUUCCGGAGUGUACUGGCGACCUGAUUCCAGGUGGCGAGGCGCAGUGCGACAAAUUCAACGAUGAACUGGGCAAGUGCGAGGGCAAAUACACUCAGUGGGGUGAUUCAGGAGAGCUCUUCCUCCAGUGCGGGGUGUCUGGACCCAACUGUCUUGGAGGACCAGACAAACACAAAAAGCAGCAAUGCAAGCAGCCUCCGAAGAAGAAUCACUGGGUCCUUCCCAAAAAAGGGGUAGUGUGCAGCAAGGCUUGCAAGGACAACGGUUUCUCAAAAUGCAACAAAGAGGAGAUGGCAAAGAUCGACAGUAAGGAGAAGAUCAAAACGGCGAUGAAAGAGGCCGGCUACAACUGCCGGAGCGUGGGCGGCCACCGAGCCUACGCCGGAAUUCCCUUCACUACAUUUCGAGCAGGAGACGAGUGCUACUAUGUCACCCCCGGAACCAAGGCGGACAAAAUCGAUUGCAACAACAACAAGUACGGUUCGCAUGGCCCCCUUUGCUACUGCGACUAG